AGAGGAACAAAGUCUCAAUCCCUCCAGGUUUUCUAGACACCAAGUAUGGGGUCUGCAGCUCUGAGUCCCACCCUCCUGCUGCUCUCAGUACUCCUGGGUCUGACCCAGACCGAGAUCCAGACUGGGGCUGGUUCACACUCGCUGAGUUAUUUAGUAACCGCGACCGCGUCUCGAACGGGUCUCCGAGAUCUCCAAGUCUUCGUCGCUGGCUAUGUGGACGACACGCAAAUCCUGCUCUUCGACAGUGAAUUGGCUACUAAGAUGGAGCCGCGAGUGCCAUGGGCGAAGCAGAUGGGGCGGGAUUAUUGGGAACAGGAGGGAAGGCAUAUGGAGGUUUUAUCACGCUCGGCUCAAGAAAGUCUGCGAUUUACAGUCCAGAUCUAUAACCAGAGCGAUGACGGUUCUCAUACCUUCCAGUGUUUCAUUGGUUGCGACGUGGGUCCAGACCGACUCUUCCUCCGUGGGCACUAUAGACAUGCCUUUGAUGGCCGUGAUUACAUCAGCCUGAACGAGGACAUGAGAACUUGGACUGUGGCGGACGCUCAGGCUCAGAUCCACCUGCAACAGUGGGGGGCAAAUCGUGCAGCAGAGUUCAGGAGAAACUUCGUUGAGGGCCAGUGCAUUGCUUGGCUACUCAGGCACCUGGAGAUAGGGAAGGAGAUUCUGCAGCGCUCAGACCCUCCAAAGGCACAUGUAACCCGUCACCCUAGACCUGGAGGUGAUGUCAUCUUGAGGUGCUGGGCUCUUGAAUUCUACCCAGCUGACAUCACCCUGACCUGGCAGAGGGAUGGGGACGACCAGACCCAGGACAUGGAGUUGGUGGACACCAGGCCUGCAGGGGAUGGAACCUUCCAGAAGUGGGCAGCUGUGGUGGCAACUACUGGGGACGAGCACAGAUACACAUGCCAUGUGCACCAUGAGGGGCUGCCUGAGCCUCUGACCCUGAGAUGGGACCCAUCUUCUCAGUCCACAACUGGAGUUGUAGUUGGUGUGGUUCUCCUUGGAGUUGUGGUCACUGUAGCUGUGGCUGCCACUGUGAUGCUGAGGAAGAAAAGCACAGCAUCUCACACUGUGUCCCAUGCUGGCCUAGAACUCACUAAGUAGCUGUGAUGGCUAAUCUUCAGUGUCAGUUUGGCUGGAUUUAAAAUCUCCUAGGAGAUCCAAUUCUG